UUGAUCAUCUCUUCAUAAACACACACAGGUUUAACAUGUUAUUAAUGAAUGAUUUCUGUAUUUCAGAUAAACCCAGACCAGUUUUAAGUGUUUCUCCACAGAAGUGGUUGACUGAAGGAGAUCCAGUGACUCUGAUCUGUGAGGUUAAAGGCUCCUCUACAGGCUGGACAUUCAGCUGGUUCACUGUAACUGCUUCAUCAGACAACAGCAAUCGUUAUGAGCUGCUCUCAGACAGCAGCAGAGGAGCUGGAGGAAACUACACUGUCAGUUCUGCUGCUCCUAAUCACACAGGAGUUUAUGUGUGCAGCGCAGAGAGAGGAAAACUGACCUAUAACACAUGGAACAGCAACAAACAACCACUAUGGGUCACUGGUGUUUCUCCUCCAGUCUCUCUGAUCAUCAGUCCCAGCAGAACUCAACACUUCACAUCUGUCUCUCUCUCUCUGAGCUGUGAGGACCAGAGUAACUCUGAUAGAUGGACAGUGAGAAGAUACACAGACACUUGGGGACUGGAAGAUUGUUUACUAUCACGCUGGGGAUCACAAACAGGAUCUAAAUGUACAAUAAACUCCACCGCCCCAUCAGACACUGGAGUGUACUGGUGUCAGUCUGAAUCUGGAGAGAUCAGUCAACCUGUUAAUAUCACUGUACACCUUGGUGUGAUUGUGGAGAGUCCUGUUCAUCCUGUGACUGAAGGAGAUUCUCUGACUCUGCGCUGUUUAUAUGAACAUUCAACUCCACCAAUCCUCAGAGCUGAUUUCUAUAAAGAUGCAUCACUCAUCCAGAGUCAAACUACAGAGAUGAUCAUCUCUACUGUCUCAAAGUCACAUGAGCGUUUCUACUACUGCAAACACCCAGAGAGAGGAGAGUCACUCAAGAGCUGGAUCUCAGUCACAGCGUCUCAUUCAGAAUCUCAGAUCUCUGUCCUCCACACACUCAGUUCUGUACUGACAGUUUGUCCAUAUCUGCUAGUGACAGUCGUGCUGAUCUUCAAGUGCUGCAGGAUGAGAGGUAUAACAGCUGAAUGAUUUAUUACAUGUCAUUAUAAUCAUAUUUUACUGAGCAACAAUUAUUAUUAUCAUGAAUGCUGUUUGGCUGAAUGUUCAUGUGGUCAGAUUAACAUUUGUGUUUGUGUGCAUGCACCACUGUCCUCCUUUGACUUGCAGCUAAUGGUUGUUAGAUUCAACAUGAACUAGAACUUCAAACCCUUGGACUUCUGAGUGAAACUGGAUAUUCAACAAGAAUACAUGUAGAGCAGAACUUGAUUUAAAGGAAUUGGAUUGGCAUUACUUACAUUUUCUUCUUUGUAAUUGCUAAAAAAUGAUCAGAUUUUAUGUUGAUGACACAGUGACUC